AAAAACCGGCAGAGGCUGCAGGGCGGUGCUGGGAAGAGCUAGAGAAGAGCAGAGGGCGGUGCUAGGAAGAGCCGGCAGUGAGAGGCGGGCGCAAGAGUUGAACAGAAAAGCCGGCGGUGACUAGAGGGCUAUGUUGGGAUGAGCCGGCGGUGAGCAGAGGGCGGUGCUGGGAAGAGCCAUCAGUGAGCGGCGGGCGCAAGAGUUGAACAGAAAAAGCCGGCAGUGACUAGGGGGCGGUGCUGAGAAGAGCCGGCUGUGAGCAGAGGGCGGUGCUGGGAAGAGCCAUCAGUGAGCGGCGGGCGCGAGAGCUGGCCGUGUAAGAGCCGGCGGCGCGCGGAGGGCGGCGCGUGGAAGAGCGAGCCAGGAAGAACUGCCGCGGGAGGUGCCCGGAAGAGUCCGCUUCCCCUCCCCGCCCCCUCCGGUUUCCCUCACAGGCUCUCGGGCUGGGACAGGGCGCGGCGGCGGCGAGGAGGCCCAGCGGAAAGAGGGAAGGAGAGGCGGAAACAGUCACCUCGCGCUCCGGGGAUUCGCUGACCCGGCGUCGAAAGCACCCCCCGAGGAGGAAGAGGAGCGGCAGUGGCUAUGCUGGCAGGGGCUGAUGGGAAUUGUAUUCCAUGAACAUUUGGAGCACCAUAGGUUGGCCACCCCUGGUGUAAAGCUUUCAGAACCUUAGGGACAUAAAGCGAAAAGGCUUAAAUUGACAAAGAGAGAUGACUACCAUUAACGCAGGAAAUGUUAACUUCAAAUGGGAUCCCAAGAGCCUGGAGAUAAGAACCCUGGCAGUGGAGAGAUUGUUAGAACCCCUUGUUACACAGGUUACCACACUUGUCAAUACUAGUAACAAGGGUCCUUCCAACAAGAAGAGAGGCCGCUCUAAAAAGGCACAUGUUUUAGCUGCGUCAGUUGAGCAAGCCACAGAGAACUUCCUGGAGAAAGGAGAAAAAAUUGCAAAAGAGAGUCAGUUUCUUAAAGAAGAGCUGUUGGCUGCUGUGGAAGAUGUUCGCAAACAAGGGGACUUAAUGAAGAGCGCCUCUGGAGAAUUUGCUGAUGACCCCUGUUCGUCUGUGAAGCGCGGGAACAUGGUGAGAGCAGCCCGGGCCCUUUUGUCAGCCGUUACCCGGUUGCUUAUUUUGGCUGACAUGGCAGAUGUGUACAAGCUACUUGUCCAGCUUAAAGUUGUGGAAGAAGGUAUCUUGAAACUCCGGAAUGCCGGUACUGAACAGGAUCUAGGAAUACAGUACAAAGCCCUUAAACCAGAGGUGGAUAAACUUAAUAUAAUGGCCGGCAAGAGACAACAGGAACUAAAAGAUAUAGGUCAUCGUGAUCAGAUGGCUGCAGCCAGAGGAAUCCUUCAGAAAAACAUUCCUAUCCUGUACACCGCUUCUCAAGCAUGCCUGCAGCAUCCCGAUGUAGCUGCUUACAAAGCCAACAGGGACUUGAUCUACAAGCAACUGCAGCAGGCAGUUACAGGAAUCUCUAACGCAGCCCAGGCGACAGCUUCUGAGGACUCAGUUCAGCAGCACAGCGGUGGGGGAGAGUUGGCUUAUGCACUUAACAACUUCGAUAAACAAAUUAUUGUGGAUCCUUUGAACUUCAGCGAGGAGCGUUUUAGGCCUUCCCUGGAAGAGCGCCUGGAGAGCAUCAUUAGUGGUGCAGCCCUGAUGGCUGAUUCAUCUUGCACACGUGAUGACCGACGGGAGCGCAUAGUUGCAGAGUGUAAUGCUGUGCGACAAGCCUUGCAAGAUCUCCUUUCAGAGUACAUGGGAAAUGCGGGGCGCAAGGAAAGAAGCGAUGCCUUAAACUCCGCCAUCGACAAAAUGACAAAAAAGACCAGAGAUCUACGUCGACAGCUCCGCAAAGCUGUGAUGGACCAUGUUUCAGAUUCCUUUCUGGAAACCAACGUCCCGCUUCUAGUUUUGAUUGAAGCUGCCAAGAACGGGAAUGAGAAAGAGGUCAAGGAGUACGCACAAGUCUUCCGCGAACACGCAAACAAGCUGAUUGAGGUCGCCAACUUGGCCUGUUCCAUCUCAAAUAACGAAGAAGGUGUGAAAUUAGUUCACAUGUCAGCAAGCCAGCUUGAAGCACUGUGUCCUCAGGUAAUUAAUGCUGCCUUAGCUUUGGCUGCCAAGCCGCAAAGCAAGCUGGCUCAAGAGAACAUGGAGUUGUUUAAAGAGCAGUGGGAAAAGCAAGUCCGGGUGUUAACAGAUGCAGUGGAUGACAUCACUUCCAUUGAUGACUUCCUGGCAGUAUCAGAGAAUCACAUCCUGGAAGAUGUAAACAAGUGUGUCAUCGCUCUUCAAGAAAAAGAUGUUGACGGCUUAGAUCGCACUGCCGGUGCGAUUCGUGGCCGUGCGGCCAGGGUAAUUCAUGUUGUCACUUCUGAAAUGGAUAAUUAUGAACCUGGAGUCUACACAGAAAAGGUUCUGGAAGCGACCAAGCUGCUGACAAACACAGUUAUGCCACGUUUUACGGAACAAGUAGAAGCCGCUGUGGAAGCGCUGAGUUGUGACCCUGCUCAGCCAAUGGAUGAAAAUGAAUUCAUCGAUGCUUCCCGGUUGGUGUAUGAUGGAAUUCGUGACAUCAGAAAAGCUGUGCUAAUGAUCAGAACUCCCGAAGAAUUGGAUGAUUCCGACUUUGAGACCGAGGACUUCGAUGUUCGAAGCAGAACGAGCGUUCAGACUGAAGAUGAUCAACUUAUUGCUGGCCAGAGCGCAAGAGCUAUCAUGGCUCAGCUUCCACAGGAGCAGAAAGCAAAAAUUGCUGAGCAAGUAGCCAGCUUCCAGGAGGAAAAGAGCAAAUUGGAUGCGGAAGUGUCCAAAUGGGACGACAGUGGCAAUGACAUCAUUGUUCUGGCCAAACAAAUGUGCAUGAUCAUGAUGGAAAUGACCGACUUCACCAGAGGUAAAGGGCCUUUAAAGAAUACAUCCGAUGUCAUCAGUGCUGCAAAAAAAAUUGCAGAAGCUGGGUCAAGAAUGGACAAACUAGGCCGGACAAUUGCAGAUCAUUGUCCCGAUUCUGCCUGCAAACAGGACCUGCUGGCUUACCUGCAGCGUAUCGCUCUCUAUUGCCAUCAGCUGAACAUUUGCAGUAAAGUGAAAGCAGAAGUGCAGAACCUUGGCGGAGAACUGGUUGUGUCUGGGGUGGAUAGUGCCAUGUCAUUGAUCCAAGCGGCAAAGAACCUGAUGAACGCCGUGGUCCAAACCGUGAAGGCUUCCUACGUGGCAUCCACCAAGUACCAGAAAUCGCAAGGGAUGGCAUCUCUGAACCUUCCGGCAGUGUCCUGGAAAAUGAAGGCCCCUGAGAAGAAGCCGCUGGUCAAGCGUGAGAAGCAAGAUGAGACACAGACCAAAAUCAAGCGGGCCUCCCAGAAGAAGCACGUGAACCCGGUGCAAGCGCUCAGCGAAUUCAAAGCAAUGGAGAGCAUUUAAGCAGGGGGUUCCGGGCUGCUUCUUUCCUUGUUUUCUUCCAAUAUUCUAUGCGUUAAAUGUUAAAAUGAAUUUACCUUAAUAUUUUUAUUAAAAGAAUCAUUUAGAGCGAAAGAGAGGGUAAUCGGAUCUGUGACGCGCGACAGUACAACUUUUAAGUCUGCAGGUGUGUUGAUUUUAGUAUAAAAAAUGCUGUUCAGAUCUGCCACUUUUUCUAGCUGACUUUCAAAGUAACGAAUCCUGCUUUAAAUUUUAUCGUAUAACCAAAGAAUGAAUUUAUGGCAACAUUAAUCAUUCGUGUCGACGGAUCAUGUCAUUCCUUUCAAAGUGCAGGAAGGCGAGUCUUCCCGAGUCGGAAAUAAAUGGAACACGCGGGAUUUGUUCUAGUAUAUUACAUGCUUUCGGGUGGGUAUAAAGAGGUGACUUUUGUUAUGUUGAAAUGACCAUGAAAAUGAAAAACGCUAGUUACUGUUUAUGACACUAAGACAACUGUAGAAGAAUGAUUGGACAAAGUAAUAUACUGUAGCAUCCCUUUUUAAUUUAAGCAGCCUUGCCUUUGUUUGAAACGGAACACACUGAUGCGUUUGUCUGGAUGGCUGGAUUCCAGGUUGCCUCUGAAGAGCGUGCAAAUUGGAGUUCGAUAGCAGAGGCAGGCAAGUCAUGUGCCUGCUCUUGCACUUUGAAUGUUUCCCCGCCUUCACCAGUCGGCCUUUUUGUAAGCAUUUCCACGGGUGCCUGGGGGAAGGCAGCACAAAAGAAACUGGGUGGAACGCCUGGUGCGCCAUGAAGAGAACUGAUUAUUGUUCUCCGGCCUGAGAAUUUUAAUGCUUGGUUACAUUCCUGGUGUACUUGGCCACAGGACUCCGAUAAAAUUUGCUUGUACCAUCCAGCGUGUUGUGCUGUAAGUGGCUGCAUGUUUUCCCCCCCUCAGCAUUCAAAGGCAAAUUCACCAUUGUGUUCUAAAAAAAAAAUUGCUAUGCAUCCUGCCUUAGGUUUUAAAAGAAUCGUAGCAAAUAGCGUUUAUUCAGACUGCAAUUUAGGCAGCAUUGUUUGUGAUAACUGGAGCUUCGCGGCAUAAUUCUGCUGUUUUAAAUUUAAUGAGUUUCUGUUUUUAUACCUUUUUUUCCAAUAAAGUCCAGUAUAAAAUCCA